GUAAGAGAUAAGGAAGAGACUAGUGCCCGAUCAGCGCUGAGUCCGGCUCCGCAGCGCCUCUUCCAGUCCCAGCACACGGGCAAAACUGGACUGCCCGGCAGCGCGAGAGAGGGCAGUGCCGCCCGGCCAGCAGCGCCUCUGCAGUCCGGCUGCUGCCCAGAUCUCACGCUCUGCUUUUCUUUUUAGCAACCGCUUUAAAACCUACUUUGGGGUCUUAACACGAAAGCGCACACCACCAUUCCACUGUGGACAAUACCCCCUCUUACAGAUAUGGGAGACAUGGGAGACCCACCAAAAAAAAAACGUCUGAUUUCCCUAUGUGUUGGUUGCGGCAAUCAAAUUCACGAUCAGUAUAUUCUGAGGGUUUCUCCGGAUUUGGAAUGGCAUGCGGCGUGUUUGAAGUGUGCAGAGUGUAAUCAGUAUUUGGACGAGACCUGUACGUGCUUUGUUAGGGAUGGCAAAACCUACUGUAAAAGAGAUUAUAUCAGGUUAUACGGCAUCAAGUGCGCCAAGUGCAGCAUCGGCUUCAGCAAGAACGACUUCGUGAUGCGCGCCCGCUCCAAGGUGUAUCACAUCGAGUGUUUCCGCUGCGUGGCCUGCAGCCGCCAGCUCAUCCCAGGGGACGAGUUCGCGCUGCGGGAGGACGGCCUCUUCUGCCGAGCCGACCACGACGUGGUGGAGAGGGCCAGCCUGGGAGCAGGGGACCCGCUCAGCCCCCUUCAUCCCGCCAGACCGCUGCAGAUGGCAGCAGAACCUAUCUCUGCCAGACAGCCCGCUCUUCGACCCCACGUCCACAAGCAGCCCGAGAAGACCACCCGAGUCCGGACUGUGCUUAAUGAGAAACAGCUUCACACCUUGAGGACCUGCUACGCUGCCAACCCCAGACCCGACGCGCUUAUGAAGGAGCAACUGGUGGAAAUGACUGGCCUCAGCCCGAGGGUCAUCAGGGUCUGGUUUCAAAACAAGCGAUGCAAGGACAAAAAAAGGAGCAUCAUGAUGAAGCAGCUUCAGCAACAGCAGCCCAAUGACAAAACUAAUAUUCAAGGGAUGACAGGAACUCCUAUGGUGGCUGCUAGUCCUGAGAGACAUGAUGGGGGUUUACAGGCUAACCCAGUGGAAGUGCAGAGUUACCAGCCUCCUUGGAAAGUACUGAGUGACUUCGCAUUGCAGAGUGACAUAGAUCAACCUGCUUUUCAGCAGCUAGUUAAUUUUUCAGAAGGAGGACCAGGUUCCAAUUCCACCGGAAGUGAAGUAGCAUCAAUGUCCUCUCAGCUCCCAGAUACACCUAACAGCAUGGUAGCCAGUCCUAUUGAGGCAUGAGGAACAAUUAAUUCAGAUUUUUUUAUUAUUAUUUCCCCCUGUUGAAGAGAGCGGGAAAGUUAUCACGUUGGGACUCUGAAACUUAAAAGUAUUUAAUAAACCUGUAAUGAACCUAGCAAAGAACGCUCCAGAAGUGCACGGAGUCUUGUUAUAAAUGACAAGGUGAAAUGGUAGCAACACUGUGAAGACAAUCAUGGGAUCUUACUAGAAUAAUAAUAAUUUAAAAGAGUAAAUAAACACAUGAUAUCCAGUGAUCACAGGAGCAUCGAAAAGACGUUUUUGAAACGUAGAGGAUUUGUAUUUAUGGAUCUCAGAAAAAAAGAAGCAUCCUUUCAUUUGACUGAACAUAGAAAGAAACCGAGCUAGAGAGACUGUCUGUACUCCAUCCUAAUCCAAAUGGUGCUGUUUCUUAUUGGUCAUUGCCUUGCCAAAAAGGAGCUCCAAUAGGUUUCACAACAUCAGGAAAAGACAAUCCAGCCCCGCAUGGUUGAAAGAUUCAUUGCAGGAAGCAGGAGCUGCAUUGGUUUGCAAUGGUUUUUUUUAGUUGACUCUUAAGGGGUUGUUUCCUGGGUCUCUUAUAGCAUGUACUGUAGCUGGGGUUUUGGUUUUGGUUUUGCUGAGAUCCAUCCUCUAUGGAGAAGUCUGAAGCGACUUUAAAAAUAGGUUUUUGAAUUCCUAUUUAAAAACCGACUUAUAAAGCAUUGCAACAAGGUAUACCUCUACUUUGCCACAAAGCGUCUCGGGAUUGUGUUUGAAUCGUGUCCGUCCAAGAACUUUCCCCCCCAAAGAUGUGUAUAGUUAUGGGUUUAAACGACUGUUUCUCUCUCUCUCUCUCUCUC